GUACUCGUAGACCCUUCGUAACAAGAUAUAUUGCAUUAUUUAAGCUACACCUCGAGUAGGACGUACUUCUCGUGCAGCCUGACAGUUGUCAUCACCAACCCUGACUGCUGAAAGUGCGGUAUGCGCCGGAGUUUCCGCUAUCUGCGGUAGUUUUACGAGCGAAUCCGAGUCAUCCGGCACAGCCGCACAGGCAAUGGUCACCAUUACGAAGGCUCGCGCAUGCGAGCACGACGAGAUGGCGCGAGCGGGCGGGUCGUCGUCAUGCUGCGAGUAUGCAUAGGUACGUUCGUCUCGUGUUGCAUUGCUGGGUGUCAGUCCAUCCUCGUGUUGAACGCGGGCACGGCUGUGGUGGUCUUCGUCACAGUGCAUGCUGCCGGUCGCCAUGCGUGUUGCCGAGGGAGCGCGAGCAGUUGGGCGGCGGGCGAGCAGGCGGGGCGAAAGGCCGUGCGAGCGGGUGUGCGAAAGGCCGUGCGACCGCGGGCGAAAGGAAGCGCGGGCGAAAGAGAGGAAGCACGGACAGAAGAAAGCGGCGGGUGGAUAGACAAGCAAAUGCUGGUGCUGAAGGUAAUGCUGUUUUCCCCGUGGUUAGCCCGUCCUCUCUCGCACUACUCAACCGCCUAUUCGAAAUGGGCUGCGACGCGCGUUUGAGCUGACUACCAAAAGUGCGGACACGACGAGGUUAGUGGUCACAACGGAAGCACACGCACUGACCUUUUUGAAGGUACAUUCUGACC